CAGAAUACAAUGAAUCAACCGUACAAACUACUGGUAUCUAUAGAAAUGAAAUGAUAGCAGAUAUCGCGGGAAAAUCUACACCCUCAAAGCAGACGACACCGGACAUACAGCAGACGACACCGGAAAUACAACAGGCGUCAACAGUUUAUGAUAAUACAUAUGUGUCAUCGUCUUCGUCUAACGGAAAUCGUACAAGUAGAGAGAUAUUAUGUGAUUCCCCGCCAUUGAAUGGUUGUUAUGGCGAUGAGAAAGGGGCAGAUGUAUUAUUAAGUGACGAUAAAGAAAGACCGAAUGCUAUUGAGAUUGGGAAGAUAACAUCUUCAUCAACAGUUAGCAAUCUAAGAAUCCUACCCCUCCCAACAUAUACCGCAUCAUCUCAAACAACAGACAGCACAACACGGGCUAUAGAUUCCUCAAUACGACAACCUCGCCAUAAUGUACAACAUGAACAGAUCGCCGUUGUAGACUACCAGACAGAAAUCAGUAGGCAUGUUACCGAGACUCCUGGUGUUGUGUUGCCUUGUAGACCAAAUGAUGUUAGACAUCAGAACAAAACACCGCGUGAUUCCCCACACCAACACAAAGGUCACGGACAAAUGAUUGUCAUUGACAAUCCUGGGAUGCAUAAACAUUUGAACACUAGUGGACGACUCCAGUACCACGGGAUAUACCAAACUCAGCAGAAAGGGGUCAACCAUUAUCGAAAAGUAGCAGAAUACCACAAACACCAAGACGAUGAUGGGACAUCCCCAAAGCCACUAAAUUAUGACACAGAGCACAGAGAAGAGAGCUCCAGCGUUCGUUAUUCUAAAACUUCUGGAGUAUUCAUAGUGUCUGGGCAAAACACACCACGAAACACUGAAUCUAUAUGUCCAGAAUUUCCAGAACAAAGAUUGUCUUUUGUAAAUCAGAAAAUCUACCCCCUGAAUGACGCAAGACAAUAUGAUGUUAGAUAUCACCAUGGUGAUUUUAAUAAUACUUAUAAGAACGUAACUUCAAAUGCCAAUACUUCAGUAUCAGAAAUGACACAGUUUCAGUGUAGAAACGACAGUGAGAUACGUGAACAUACUAAAGGAACACAAAGCUAUUUCCAACAAAGGGCGGAAAUUCGUAGAAGAGGCAAUGGUGAAAUAAAUGAAAUAAGACAACAUUAUAUCCAACAAAGGGAAGAAAACAGCGAUGCUUUUCCAACGCUUUUAAACAAUGGCGUUCGAGUGCCCAUAGCUGCGUUUACAACGCAGACUUCAAGAGAUUGUAAUGAUGAUGAUAACGAUGCUAAGAAGUUUGUACCACAACCAAGAAAACAAGAUAGACAUGAAGAUUCUAUUUAUGAUACCCCUUGCAAGUCUCCGAGAUUGUCUUUGGGUCAUAGCAUGGUUUAUUCUCAAGAACCACAAUUCCAGCUUCAAGAUCCACCCAAAUCAAAAUUAUUUAAAAGGCAACUUUUAACUACCGAGACAGCACGUAAUAUAACAGACGUGUAUAAAAAAGAAAAUGCGCGGCUCAGAUCUACUGAGGAUAUGCUGGUUCAAACCAGUAUACAAAGUCCUCACAUCAGAAAAUCCUCUGUAAUAAAAACACCAACGAAGAAAGCCGGGCAUGUUUUCGUUUUUCCAGAAAUAGCCAACACGUCACAACAGCAGAUGGAUUACAGGUUUGAAGUAAACAGUAACCAUGUACCGACAUUUGGUGUAGCCAUGGAUAACAAAAACGAUUCCAGCACAACACCAUCAGAACCUUUUAACAUGCAUGGCCCUUAUCGCUUAGAGAACGGAAGAAUACCGGAGUCCAUGCACCAUUCACCUCUUCGGACGCCAACGAAGUGUCCACACUGUGUACAAAUGAGUUCUCGUGGGUAUCAUAAUCAAUCUAUCUCUCCUGAAAAACGUCGACCUCUUCGUAGCCAGAGCAACAUCGAGGAAUCCCCAAGUAAACGUAGUGAAGAGGAAAUGGCUGCCAUAAAAUAUAACCGAUCUAUAUCUCAGCCUGUACACCACAACGAUGGAUGUUAUAAUAUUGUUCACAAUCAUCAGAUACGAGCGGCAGAUUUUGAAAAGAUGGGUGAAGAAUACGAUGUAAAUGACCUAGUCUGUAAACAAAUACCACGGGAUCAGUUACAGCGAAAUGCCAGAUAUAAAACUGACGUCGAGGAACUAAUGCCAGAAGAAUACGACUUAUUGGUUAUACCUAGAACAUCUAACGACCUCCGUUCAUGGAGCAGACGAAAUUCACCCCGAGUACCAAAACCGGUAUCUAUCCCUCUCAGUAAUAGUUGCAGUAACGACAGGCAACGUGCUCCGGGUGAUAUUGAGAUUAAGAUACAAUGCUCUGAUGUAGCUAAACAAUGUAAAGACGUCCGCAACAGACUUCAACAUUUAAAUCGCGCCACUGAUAACAACUGUGAGUGUAAUCGUAUCGAAAACGAAAUUUUACAAAUGGCUUUCGAUGCUUACAAAAAGGUCGAAAACAGAACUCAAUUGGCUGAGACAAAUAAAAGUAUAGCAGACGCCAUGCAUUUAGUAGUUAGGUUACAAGAACUUUGUGGCCAUGGUCGAACUGUCAAAAAUAUAUGUAACGGAAGUGUAAUUAUCAGAAUGAACUGUUCAACUCUAACGUCACUAGAGGAUUUGUGGAUGAAGUAUUUAUCAGGAGAACUCCUUGGUCUAAUUUAUAAGAUGUUUAUAUCACCAGAAUUUUUAGAAAAAUGUCAAGCAAAAUUUAUAUUUCUCCGUGUAACUGUAUUGAAAUCUGAAUAUGAGAUAUGUCAACAAGAAUUAGGUUGUGGGUUGGCUGUAGAAACACCAACACCGAAACGGGAAGUGAAACAAAUAAAGACAUCUCCAUUAAAGCGUUCACCAGAUAAGCGAGUUUUUAAAAGUGCUGAUGAUCUUCUGAGUAUACCACUGUCUCCAAAGUCUGCUUUUAAAACUAUAAGUAGCUCCACCCCGGUAUUAAUGCGUCAUUCUCCACAGAAUUCACCCAAUUCACCUAGAACAUACUACAGACGUGAAAGGCAGUUCUCGUUCUCUUCUGUUGAUGAUCAGUCACCACGACGAGUCUUCCAGGAAAUCAACACACCGUCGCCAAGAUCUCCUGGUAAAAAAUUUAAUUUAGACGAUUUAUUACAGUUUAUAGAUGACAGUAUUGAAGACGAUCAGGAAAAUGUUAGCAGUAAUAUGCAAUCACCAGGUGCUAGACACAAACAAGUUCUCUCCCCUGAUACUAGAUACACAGCAUCAUCAACAUACCCCUUAUCACCCACUAAAAAUAGUCCUCGACAUAGUCCUAGAUAAUAAUUACAGAUACGCCAUUCCAUGUCAAGUGGACCAAAUUUUGGAAAGUUGGGAACAUGACCCCCUCCCAAAAAUUAUAAAAAAUAUAUGUUACAGAAUGUUAUCUUAAGCUAACAAGUCCAAAACUAUACUUCUCUAGGUCGAAAACUCGCCGAGAUAUGGCCAUGGCCAUUUGAAAUUAGGGUACUCAAAUAGGUAUUGUAUACACAAACUCCAAAAUUGGCAUAGUUAAAGUCAGUUUGUCUUUUAUCAAUUUUGAGUCGAUGGGAUAUAUACUUUUCCAAAUAUCCUGUCUCGAAAUUCAAUGCGCACUGAAAACGUACAAAAUAUACUCAUUUUCACCUUUGUGUAUACAAUAGUGACUUUGCCAGAGGCUGUGGAAAUCCUGAAAAUAAAAGUGAUUAGUUCAUUAGUUCCACAUUUUGCCACAAAGUGGUGCCAAAUUCGUAAUCUACACCAAAAUUUGUCUUAUAACCCAAAGAUCUCGGUUCCUUUUGAUAUUCGCGCAUAUCGGACCGUAACUUCCUGAAUUAUGGCCCCUGAUUGUACGAAAAAUCGCGUUUUUAGCUUGUGGACCCUAUACAGUCCUAAGACCAUCUAGAAAAAAGAGCUAAAUUUGGAUGUUUGGGUUUGGCCCGGUUCACUGAUUUUUAAUUGCCUGGAAUGCUAAUCUAAACAAUAUGUCCAACUUGAGUGGCAUUAUUGCUGAUAUAAAUAGUCCAGUUAGAUAAGUGUUGAUAGCUAUAAACCUGCCAUUGUGAGUAUCAAAUGACAACAUUUUAAUUUCUAAAAUAAAAAGCUCUUUUUUAUAUAAAUCAUAUUUAUUAUCGAUGAUGAAGUUGAUAGAUAACAGCUUAACACUAUUAUAUACAAAUUACUCAAUAUGACACUUGAAGAAUAGCCUAAAAGUAUGUAAUACAAGGUUGUGGUCUCUUUAGAGGUAAAUUUAAUAUCUGAUUGACUUUAAAUUAAUAUCCGUGUUUACAAAGAAUCAUAUUGAUUUUCACCAAAUUCCGAUAAUUACUGCCAGAGUUACAUAUAUCGCCCUUUAUCACUUUGAAAAAUCUGGUGGACGCUCUAGGGGCUAAAGUUAAUAUCCGAUUGACUUUAAAUAUAUACACAGUCUUUAAGGUCAUCAGACGAAGAAGCCUGUUGAUUUACAACGAUUUCUGAUAAUGACUGCCAGAUAGUUAUCAACUGAUUGAUUUUAUAUUCAUACACCGUGUUUACGCCUAUAUAUAAUAGUUUCGAUUGACUUUAGAUUGAUACACAGAGUUUAAGGUCUUGAGACGAACAAGUAUAUUGAUUUUCAAUGAUUUUUGAUAACUUGAACAGCUAAAUACAUGACAUUAAGUGUUUUGUAUAUACGUUAGCAUGGGCCAAACAAAUUCCAAUGAUUUUCUGAUAAUUACAUAACGAGUUGUUACUCUUAAUCAGAUUUUAGUGUAUUGUAAAUAUUUCAUUACCGACAAAUAUCUCUGUUCCUUUUGAUAUUCACGCAAAUCAGACCUAAUUUCCCGUCUUAUGACCCCCAAUUUUACGAGAAAUCACGUUUUUAUCUUGUCCGAUUAUAUGUUUAUAUCCCAAAGUUCUGGGUUCCAGUCGAUACUUCGGACCGUGUCUGCCUGGAUUAUGAUACCUGAUUGUACGAAAAACUUGUUUUUAAAGCUUGUUCUCUGUCCAUCUCUUGCAAAAUGUUGGCGUCUCUUGCAUGGCAACGCCUGUUUCCAAAUAUAUUUCAUAUUCAAGCUGUAUAUUAAAUAAAAUAUAGAUUGUUUUGGGGUAACCUCUCCCUGUAUUUAAAAAAUCCGUAAAUGUUCAUAUUUUUGAACGAACAUAAGAUAUUUUUGGAUCAAAUUUUCUUUAAUAAUAAUUGAUAAGUUUGUAAAUAGUAUUGUACCUUGUAUUCACAUAUAAUACAUGUACGAUGGCUCAAUAGGCUCUUUUCUAUGGAAAUAAAUAUGCAUAGAUGAAUGUAAAAUGCCACUGGCAAGAGUUAUACAAAGAUAAUGUGCUCAACAACGCUUAUUUUACUUAUGAAUAUUAAUCUCCCCAGGAAAAAGGUCCAAAAUCCUUUAAUUGGAUAACAUCAAAUUGGUCAAUGUCAAAGUAUAUGAGUAAAAUAGUGUAAGAUAUUUUAUAGCCUGGCUUAGAGAAGUUGCUGUAGAUAUUACAUCUCAUUAAAUAAGCAUAUUAUUACCGGUACUUUAUGUAAUAUUUGAAUCCAUUUUUAUACGCUGACAUUUUCAUUUGGACGUAUAUUGUCGUCGGCUCUGUCCGUCCGUCCGGACGUCCACAAUUGUUUCUGAACACUCUACAGGUCACAAUUUUUAUCCAAUUUCAAUGAAACUUGAAAUAUAGGUUAAUCCCCCUAAGAUCUCGGUUCCUUUCGAUAUUGGCAUGUAUCGGACUGUAACUUCAUGGAUUAUGGCCCCCGAUUGUACGAAAUAUCACGUUUUGAGCUCGUGAACAGUGUAGAGGUCACAAUUUUUAGCCGAUUUGGUUUAAAUUUGAAAUUUAUGUUUGUAUACCCUGGCUAAAACAAGAUGCUACAUCUAAUUAAAUAAGCUAAUUAUUACUUUAUGUAAUAUUGAAUCAAUUUUAUUUUCAUGAUAUAAUUAUUAUAUUAAAUUGUUAUUAAAUUUGUUUAUUUCUACAUUCAAUUUGAUUAUUUUCUUUUAUUCUCUUAUUCAAUUUUAAUUUUAAUUUCAAUUGAAAAUCCGACAGAACCUGAUCUCCAAAUCAUCUAGCUUUUAUAUUCUAAAUAUAGAGCAGUGUAAUAUGACACUGCACCAUCUAAAUAGAUAAUAAUUGGGCGACAAUUUAUUAUCUUUGAGAAGUUGAUGACAGGAUUCUCUUCAACAAACUUCCAUUAUCUUUGAGGUCAAAUUCCUAAACAUUCAGAAAUCAGGCUGAUUUCUAGUUGGUCUUAAGAGUGUAUAGAGAUCAUAAUUUUUAUCCGAUUUAAAAAACGUUCGAAUAUAUCACCAUUACACCCUAAAGAUAGUUGAGUUCGAAUUUCGUAAAUAUCGGACCAAAACUGACAGACCAAAUGGCCGCACCUCGUACUCAAAUAGUGUAAAAAUAUGAUAUAUCAAUGUUGUGGACCCUCUAGAGGUCACAAUUGUCUUUUGAUUUUGAUGAAACUUGAAAUGUAAGUUAAUAACCCCAAGAUCUUGGCUCCUUUCGAUAUUCGGCAUAUCGGAUAGUAACUUCCUGAAUUAUGGCCCUUAAUUGUACGAAAAAUCGCGUUUUUAGCUUGUGGCCCUUGUAGAAGUCACAAUUUUUAUCCGAUUUAAAAACAAUGCAUGAAUAUAUCACCAUUACACACUAAGAUCAUGGAUCCUUUUGAUAAUAUCGCGGAUACCCGAACUUAACUUCCUGGAUUAUGGCCGCUGAUUGUUCGAAAAAUGGCAUUUUUAGCUUGCGGAUUCUCUAGAGAUCACAUUUUUUUUCCGAUUUUAAAAACCGUUUAAAUAUUUCACCAUUCCCCCAUAAUGAAGGUUGAAUUCGAAUUUCGGGAAAAUCGAAAUGAAACUGCCCAACAAAAUGGCCGCUAUUUGUACGCAAAUUGUGUAAAAGUAUGCAAUACGAAGGUUGUCAACCCUCUAGAGGUCACAAUUUUUGUCCGAUUCUGAUGAAACUUUUCUUUAUAUCCCAAAGAUUUCAGUCCCUUUUGAUAUUUGCGCAUUUCAGACCAUAAAUUUCUGGAUAAUCCCCUUGAUUGUACAAAAAAUCCCGUUUGUUUUUAGCUAGUUCUCUAUCCAUCUCUUGAAAUAUGUCGGCGUAUCCUGCCUGGCAGCCGCUGGUUAAAAGAUUCUAGGGAUCACUCGAGGCUGAACCCUAUCGAUAUCAGUGUUCCGUGACCUUCACUUCAGCAGCCUCACCACCUUUCUUUAAAAAAGCCUUUUGUACGUUGACACCCUUCAAUGUUCCCAAAACCGCCUAACCAUUUGAUCAAGAAAUAACAACCGCUCCCUCAGUCAAGCUAGCACGCAAUACGUUAGUUUCUAUCAUCCAGAAAAAUAUUCUACGAAGUCGGGAUGCGUUGUCAACAUUUGAGAAUAAUGGGUCAUUGACUAGAUUAUCCGAACUUUUACAUUAUAAUAAACAAAAUCUAAGGCAGGUAACUAGUCCUAAAAAAAAUAUGUUGACGCCCAUGAAAUUAAUUUAAGAAUGACAUUGACAUUUCAGAAAAUCCAUUUGAUUGCAUUGCCAGUUCAAUAUCCAGUACUCAUAAUCUUUUUUCUCUUCAUGGGCCAUAUCUAUGUUUUUUAAAUUAACCCCAAUUCGUCGUUACGAUUCAUGUUUGUUUAUAUUAAUAGAAGAAUUAUGGGAUUUAUUGCGGGAAUGUGCACAACUCUUACUUGACAUGACCAAAGAUACUGGAUAAUCAACCACACAAAAAAAACUCCCGGUUACGCAUGGGCAAUGGACCUUUUCGACAAAUAUUGACAACUGCCCCAGACUAGGAAUACUAGGAAGUUCUGAGUGACCGAGAAUAACAAUAAACUGGCAGACAACAGUCGGGUUGCCAGUUAGUGAUACCCUGACAGUUUUGACUAGUGCUUGCCCCAUGGGUAUUUUUCGGGUAGUCCAGUAUUUUUUCUAGUAAGAUUGUGUCUCUAUACUUUCCAUAUAUACCAAAUUUGCCAUACUUUUAUUGGAAUUAACCACCCAAUAAAUACUUUCUGGACAAUGUAUCUUUAAUUGAUAUAAUGUGCUGUGAGAGCCCAAUAGAAUUGGUCGUAUCGAGAUGUUAUGGUAUCUGAACAUUUAUCAUACUGUUGUGUAAGAACAUCACACAUUUUGGUAGAUGUGCUUGUCUAUACAACAAAAAUUACGUUAAAUAGUUUCUAAUGAACUGGGCGGUUUUAAAAGUUGAUUUGUAUCUUAAAAUGAAAAUAUGUGUAUGAAAGAUUACCAUAACGUAUUUAAAUUUCCAGCAUUUCCUUAUUUCUUUGUUUUUGCAAAGUUACUAUAAAUACAGUAUUCUUAUUGUUUAUGUGGAGUUUAUAUAUACAUACUUAUUAUUGUAUAAUGGAUAGUUUAUAUCUUCCCAGAGUUUAAUAGAUUUUAGUGUGUUUGUUUAUAAACAUAUUAUUAGAAUUUAAAGUAUUAUAUUUAUUAAGAAA